AUGAGCGACAUUAUGGAGAUACUUAUUACUGAUAUCUGUAUGUUUUUUCUUGGCUUCGCGUAUUGCAUGUAUCGGGUUAUUUAUCAUCGUGGUGACAAGAAUGCCCACAUGUUUUUUUUGGUUGGUAUCGUUCUGGCUUCCCUUGGGCUCCUUGGACUAGUAGUGUCUGGCGCCUAUAAAUAUUACUUUGUUGAUGAUCAUGAUGAUGAUGAUGAUGAUGCCAACAAUGGUCAUGGUUUGGGUACCAGCGGUGACCAUGUUAUCAUCAACAUCACGGAGUUGGCCAGUGUUAGCCGCUCCAUCCUCAUCCGAUCAAUCCCCGUCGUUGAUUUUAGUCCUCGGAACUUUGAGGACGGCGGCGUCGAGUGCGUCGUUUCUCUCUCUGAGUUCGAAGAAGGAGACAAAGCCAAGCUCUUACCGAGCUGUAAACACUGGUUUCACGCCCACUGUAUAGACGCUUGGCUUGAGUCGCACGCUACUUGUCCUAUCUGCAGAACGAGAGUACGCCUGUUCAAAACUAACGAGCCAAGUUCCCGCAGCAAUCUAACUUGUUCUGAUCAGCGUUCAGCAGAUGUGACGUCGGAGGUUGUAAUAGACAUCCCGACAUGA